GUGUUGCCCCGGCAGUAGCCAAUGAGACAGGAGCCACGAGCACACGGACCAAUCGGCGGCGGCGACGGUGUGGAACGCGGUUGCCAGGAGGCGGGACGCGGCGGCGUGCCAGCCGAGCCACUCUGGCGACCGCAGAGAAGAGUGUGUACGUGGUGGGGGCUUCCUCGGCGGCGGGCAUGGAGGCUUCGCGCUGCCGGCUCGGUCCCAGCGGCGACAGUGUCUUCCAUGAAGAAAUGAUGAAGAUGCGACAGGCUAAACUGGAUUAUCAGAGGCUACUACUUGAGAAGAGGCAGAGGAAAAAGCGCCUUGAGCCGUUUAUGGUGCAGCCCAAUCCAGAAGCCAGGCUACGGCGGGCGAAGCCAAGGGCCAGUGACGAGCAGACUCCCUUGGUGAACUGUCAUGCUCCCCACAGCAAUGUCAUCUUACAUGGUAUUGAUGGUCCAGCUGCUGUCCUGAAACCAGAUGAGGUUCGCACUCCGUCAGUAAGCUCCCCUGCUUUGGAAGAAGAUGAAAACACCGUGGGCACGGCUUCCAAGCCAGGACUUCAGGAGAGUCUCCAGAAGCAUGAUAUCUCUGAAAGUGUGAACUUCGAUGAGGAGACUGAUGGAAGAUCCCAGUCAGCAUGUUUAGAAAGACCAAAUUCUGCAUCCAGCCAGAAUUCAACUGAUACAGGCACUUCCUGUUCUGCUACUGCAGCCCAACCAGCUGAUAACCUCCUGGGAGACAUAGACGACCUGGAGGACUUUGUGUAUAGUCCUGCCCCUCAAGGUGUCACAGUAAGAUGUCGGAUAAUCCGUGAUAAAAAGGGAAUGGAUCGGGGCCUCUUCCCCACCUACUAUAUGUACUUGGAGAAAGAAGAAAAUCAGAAGAUAUUUCUUCUUGCAGCUAGAAAGCGGAAAAAGAGCAAAACAGCCAACUACCUCAUCUCCACUGAUCCAGUUGAUUUAUCUCGUGAAGGAGAAAGUUAUGUCGGCAAGCUUAGAUCCAACCUCAUGGGGACCAAGUUUACCGUUUACGACCGUGGUAUCUGCCCCAUCAAGGGCCGGGGUCUGGUAGGAGCGGCCCACGCCCGGCAGGAGCUGGCCGCCAUCUCCUAUGAGACAAACGUACUUGGAUUUAAAGGUCCUAGGAAAAUGUCUGUGAUCAUUCCUGGAAUGACACUGAAUCAUAAGCAGAUCCCAUAUCAGCCACGAAACAACCAUGACAGUUUGCUCUCAAGGUGGCAGAACAAAACUAUGGAAAAUCUCAUUGAACUGCACAACAAGGCCCCCGUCUGGAACAGUGACACUCAGUCCUAUGUCCUCAACUUUCGUGGCCGGGUCACUCAGGCAUCAGUGAAGAACUUCCAGAUAGUCCACAAAAAUGACCCUGACUAUAUAGUCAUGCAGUUUGGACGUGUAGCAGAUGACGUGUUCACACUGGACUACAACUACCCACUUUGCGCAGUUCAGGCCUUUGGCAUCGGUCUUUCUAGCUUUGACAGAGUGCCUCCCACAGCUGUAUCACUACGGAUCCAUUAGUGUGGAGCGACACACAACUGCAGGCAUCUGGUGCAAACAUUUUGUCAUUAUCAAGAGAGAUGGCAGUAUUGACCAUUUAGUUUAGUUUAAAAAAAAAAAAAAAAGGUGGCAGGAGAGCUUUGGGGAGGACCAGCCAGCAGACAUGAGCACUGCUGGCCUGUGUGGCAGAGCUUUGGACUUUGUUCGCGGCUCCCCCAACCCAGGUUCAUAGGCAUAGAAGGUAUUUUGCUACAUUUUUUGGAUUAUUACACCCCUCCACAUAUUAUGUGACUCUUACACCAGUUCAUCCCUCCCAGAAUGUAUCCAAACCUUGAGAAUACGGGAGCUCUGUGAGCCCCACUGUCACCACCGCUGAGCUGCAUCCCUUGUGCACAGAACUGUUUGCCAGCACUGGGUGGGACGUCCAUGGCGGCUGCUCCCUCAGACUUCCCUUCUGUGGACAAACCGCUCACCCCUGCCUGUUGUUCCUGCACCACAUCAGAUAAGCACGUGAAGGAGAGCCAGCUGGGAGCUGCGGGACCCUUGGCUUUUCCCCCGCGACAAGUCCCACCUUCUGGGUGAGGACGAGACUGUUGACAUCUCAGGCAUGUUUCCCACCAAGUGCCUCCCUCACAGCCGUGCCCAGAAGCCUCACACCUCGUCACCACCACCACCCCUACCCCAUCCUGAGGCACUGCCUGGCAGAUUACCCUGGUUGACCGCAGAAGCUAUUAAUACACAACAGCAUCUGGGGAAGGACUUAUGGUGGGCCAGGUGGACCUCAUCCUGCUUCCUCCUCCUCCCUCUGGUUUAAAGAGAUAUGUAAACUAAUUUCACAUAAUUUGUGUGUGCAGGUGAUUGGUUUUUACAUAAGUCCUAUUUAUACCUUUUAUAUGUUAUAGAAAUAAAAGUUAAUUUAUAUAAAAAUGUG